AUGGGCAUUGUUGAAGAGGUUGGUGAGGGCGUGACGUUGCUGAAGAAGGGCGAUAGAGUCGUAGUCCCGUUCAACGUCGCCGACGGCCGUUGCCGCAACUGCGAGGAGGGCAAAACUGCUUUUUGCACCGGCGUCAAUCCCGGGAUACGUUGCCAUGGGAGUCGACCAUACCGUGGUGGACAGGCCCAGUAUCUCCGCGUUCCGUACGCAGAUUUCAAUGCUCUUCAGCUGCCGCCUGGUAAAGAGCAUGAAUCCGGCUUCAUUCUUCUUGCGGUGCUGAACCCUGCGGUAGAUAUCUUCCCAACAGGAUGGCACGGUGUCGAACUCUCCGGCUUUACUCCUGGAGAAAGCAUCGCCGUCUUUGGUGCUGGCCCCGUUGGCCUGAUGGCUGGAUACUCGGCUGUUUUGCGUGGAGAUUCCAGGGUAUUUGUCGUUGACCGAGUCCCCGAGCGAUUGCAGGUAGCGGAAGCCAUUGGCUGCAUUCCCGUCGACUUGACCAAAAGUGACGCUGUGGAGCAAAUCAUCGAGGUGAAUAAUGGCAUGGUAGAUCGAUCGGUGGACGCUCCGUUUAGCGGAUAUUCAUUCGAGUUUGAUAGUGAUCCUGGCGCCCCUGACACUGCCGCGGCAAAGGGCAUGAUCAGCCUGAGUUUUGGAAAGCUCUUUGAAAAGGGCCUCAAACUUGCAACCGGCCAGUGUAGUGUCAAAGCCUACAAUAGGUAUCUUAGGGACCUCAUCAUAGCAGGGAAAGCGAAGCCGAGCUUUGUCGUGUCACACGAAAUCACAUUGGAUGACGUGGAGGUUACCUACGACAGGUUCGACAAGCGGCUGGAAGGUAUUUAUGAUCGCAGAAGCCAUCGUGUUACAAGUACCGGAUACGCAGAUCGGUCAACAUAG